CCUCUUCCUCCACGUGAACGGAAGUCUCGCAUCUGUCAAGAUGGCGACUCCCUAUGUAACAGAUGAGUCUGGAAAAUAUAUUGCUGCUACCCAGCGGCCAGAUGGAACGUGGAGGAAACCUCGGCGAGUGAAGGACGGAUAUGUACCUCAGGAGGAGGUGCCAGUCUACGAGAAUAAAUAUGUGAAGUUUUUUAAGAGUAAGCCGGACUUCCCGCCUGGCAUGAACCCAGAGGACGCGGCAGCAGCAAAGCAGCAGCAGGUGGCAGCGGUGCGGGGCGGAGACAGGGAGAGCGAGGCAACGGGACUCUCCAAAACGGCCAAGCGCAACAUGAAGCGCAAAGAGAAACGCAAGCAGCAGCAGGGGCAGGGGCCGGCAGGCGGUGAGGCAGAGGCUCUGGCAAAAGAGCUGGAGAAGGUGGUUGUGUCGGCAGCGGAACAGCAGCAGAACAGCGCAGCUGCCCCCGCGGAGCCCAGCACUGCCACCGAGAAGGUCAAGAAAAUGAAGAACCUGCGGAAGAAGCUGCGGCAGGUGGAGGAGCUGCAGCAAAAACUGGACUCGGGGGAGCUGCAGAACCCCUCCAAGGAUCAGCUGGACAAACUGGGCCGGGCACAGGCCUUACGGGAGGAGCUCAGGCAGCUGGAGGAGGAUUCAUGAAGCAGAAUGACCGGAUAAGGGAGAGGGGCUGGGGCAUGGUCGGGUUUUUGCUUUUGGUUCUUGUUUUGUUAGUUGUUGUUUACUUUUUGAUAAGCCCUGGCGCUGUACUUUUAGAUAUAGAACAGACCCUUCAUUCGUUCCACUUGCCAGUUCGGAGAAACCCUCUACUCACUUCACCCAGUCCAAUCUUCUCUCCACAUCCUUGAUGCAAUUUUAAGCGAGCCUGUUUUUUAUGCUUUGUGAUAGUGCUCCUAUUCCUCUUGAUCUUGUUUUUUUUCCCCCCAGAUCAGUAGUAUUAACAGAUUGUGGAUAAAGUUUAAUUGCGAACGACAGUUCUACAACCCUGUGAGAUGGACCUUUUAAAAAAGGGUAUAAAGUGACAGCAAAGAAGGGUGAGAAGGUGUUGAUUGUUCUCAGUUGGAACUGGGCUGCUGUCAGUAUAAAUCUGUCAAGGUAGAAUUCAUACAUUGUGCAGUUAUACAGUGUACACUACUUUUACAUCAUAUUCCAUCCAGAGAAAAAAGAAAUAAAAACACCAAGCUACUUAUAAUUGUCACAAUCAUGCAAGGAUUUAAAUGGCUAUAAAAGGUCUCUUUGUUUUAAACUUUGUAAAUGCCAUACAAAUCUCAAUAAGAUACAGUAUACUGUAAUUUCAGAUUUACUUGUAAAACAAGUAUAGAUUAGUUGUGGUUGUGGACUGAACACAAAAGACAGUAUUUAAAUUGUCAACCAAGUCAUAUUUCUUUCAGAAGUACUUUAUAUUGUGUAUUUUUUUUUUUUUACCUAGAUGUCAAGUAGUAGGAAGUAGUACUGUAUGACAUUAAAACCGCAAAAAGAUGUA